GCUUACCUCUGCCUGCAAACUUUCCCCUGCCAGAAGCUGGGAGGAAUAAAAAAACAUCAGAAAAUCAAAAGGGGAAGAUCUCAGCGGACAAAAACGCUUGAGCUAAACUGUUGCAUCCUGACCCAGGGCUCUGGUGCAAGCAUCCCGCCGGUGUCUCCUAGGCUCCCAAGCCAGUUGGCGGUGGGUGGCAUUGGCCAAGGCGCCCGGCAGCGUCCCCAGCAUUGGGGACGGGCCGAGCAGCAUGCUGGCUGCGGUGCCCGCAGCCGGCGAGCAAACCCCGUGUGCCUGACCCGCCGGUGGGGCUGCGGCCAUGGCUGCAGCCAUUGCCAGCUCCCUGAUCCGCCAGAAGAGACAAGCCAGGGAGCGGGAGAAGUCCAAUGCCUGUAAGUGUGUCAACAGCCCCAGCAAGAGCAAGGGAAGCUGCGACAAGAACAAGUUGAAUGUGUUUUCCAGGGUCAAACUCUUUGGCUCCAAGAAAAGGCGAAGAAGGCGACCAGAGCCUCAGCUUAAAGGUAUAGUAACAAAGCUAUACAGCAGGCAAGGAUACCACUUGCAGUUGCAAGCAGAUGGAACAAUUGAUGGAACAAAAGAGGAGGACAGUAGUUAUACUUUGUUUAACCUCAUACCUGUGGGUUUACGAGUGGUGGCGAUUCAGGGGGUUCAAACAAAAUUGUAUCUGGCAAUGAACAGUGAAGGAUACCUAUACACAUCAGAACAUUUUACACCUGAAUGCAAGUUCAAAGAAUCAGUAUUUGAAAACUACUAUGUGACAUAUUCUUCAAUGAUCUACAGACAGCAACAGUCUGGCCGGGGUUGGUAUUUGGGUCUUAACAAAGAAGGAGAAAUAAUGAAAGGAAACCACGUGAAAAAAAAUAAACCUGCAGCACAUUUUCUUCCAAAACCAUUAAAAGUGGCCAUGUACAAAGAGCCUUCUCUCCACGAUCUCACAGAGUUCUCAAGAUCUGGAAGUGGGACCCCAACAAAGAGCAGAAGCGUUUCAGGAGUAUUAAAUGGGGGUAAAUCCAUGAGCCAAAAUGAGUCAACGUAGCCAGGUUCAGGCAAGCCAAGUGCUUUCUAAACAGAACCUUACCUCCGGAUGCAGUU